UCUAUCCGAUUUAAGUAUAGCACCGAGCUAGAGAGGCGGGGGUGAGAGGGGCAUGCCGACCGUCGCCUCUUGCCUCCCGCGGGCUCUGCUCCGGCCGAUUCCGCCGCUUCCCCCACCAGCGGUCCUCUUCUGUCCUCGGCUUACCCUCUCGCCUUCGCGAUUCGCACCCUUGAGGAACUCUCGGCUGCCCAUCCUCGUAGCCGCCUCGGCGGCCUCCUUUGACGAGCUUGAUGCCAAAGGCUGGUCGAAGCCGCGAUCAUCCAAGAAAUCCUUGCUCUCAGAUUUGAUUCAGGAGAUUGAGCCUCUGGAUUUGAAUCUUAUCCAAAAAGAUGUUCCAGCUGUUACAGUUGAUGCAAUGAAGAGGACAAUAUCUGGCAUGCUUGGGAUACUUCCAUCUGAUCGGUUUAAUGUCAUGGUUGAAGCGCUUUGGGAGCGCCUAUUUAAGUUAUUAGUUUCUUCAAUGAUGACUGGGUAUACUUUACGCAAUGCUGAGUACCGCCUAUUCCUUGAGAGGAAGCUAGAAAUAUUUGGAGAUUUUCAAGAUAAAGAUGGGCAUUUGGAAGGAAAUGAUAUUGGAAAUGUGGUGGGGAAUGAUUGUGACAAAUUACUUGAUAGAAGUCCCACACUGUUUGUUGCUGAAAGGGAUCUAUCCAGCUCAGACAAAAUAGAUGAAGUACCACUGUGUGAGGAUAUUGAUUUGGAAGGCUUGGGGGAAAUGACACCUCAAGCUAAAGAAUAUAUUCGUAGCCUAAAAUUUCGUAUAUCUUCCAUGGAAAAGGACCUGCAUGAGGUGAACAGGAAAAAUUCCGCUCUACAAAUGCAACAGUUUGUAGGAGAAGAAAAGAAUGACCUCCUUGAUUACCUUCGAUCGCUACAACCUGAGAAGGUUCUCGAACUUUCAGAGCCCACCCAUUCUGAAGUGCUAGAGAUCAUCCACUCUGUAGCACAUGGCCUUCUUGCAACUCUCUCUCCCAAGAUACAUUCCAAACCUUCUCCUCACUCUGAUAAUGUCCCAGGUAGUGCUUCAAGCAUAGGGAAGGAUGACUGUGCAGAACUAUUAGAGAAUACUUCCAUUCAUUUUCAGCCUCUUAUUACUGUCCCACGCGAUUACCUUGCACGCUUACUCUUCUGGUGCUUGUUAUUGGGCCAUUACCUCCGAGGUCUGGAGCAUCGCCUGGAGUUAACGCAGCUUUUAACAAUUGCUGGUGAUCCCUAAACUACUUUCUAUGAUCUUAAUUAUUUGAUCUGUUCUAUGAGCCUUCUAAUAUCACAUUCCUUAUGUUUGUAAACGUUACACUUAGCUGUUCUUGUGCUGCUAUUGUAUUCAGAGACAAUCUUCAGUUUCUUUGCACAACUAGGCUUUUCAACUCUUUUUCUAUAUUUGAAAAUAGGUGUAAUAUAUUUGUUAAAGAUGGAUGGAAUAAUUAUUUUGUUCUAAGAGUUUUAGGAUGAAAGUUGGAUUAUUCUGAAAUAUGUUGUAUAGUGCUGCUGAUCCACACUUUGUGUGUUGUAGAUUACACCAAACUGUUUGAUUUAGAUUUGAGUCUUGAGCUUGUGCUUGUAAAA